GGCAUGCAGAGAAAAUCUAGAAAGUAGUUGCUGAAAAAAAGCAGAAGGCAGCCAACCCAAGCAGAGGAAAACUAGGGGGAAAAUCGAAAUCGAAUGGAAGAUAAUGCAAUCGUCUGGGAGCAUAUAGUAUUAUCCUCGCUAUAGUAUUGUCCUCGGAUCGAAACGAAAUCGGAUCGAAUUGAAUUGAAUCGGGCUCGGGCCUGUUUGUGUGUGUGAGAGUGUGCGGAGUACAUAUGUAAUAGGGCCAUGAAGUUUUAUUGAAAAACGAGGCAGAGACUAGGCGAAAAGGCCAUAAGAAUUGGCCCGUAACCCCCGAAAACUCCGACACGCCCCUUCAGAAGGAGUAGCUGUGUAGCUGUGAAAAAAAUGCCCAAUGCAAAAACUGUGCCCAUGUGGCUCCGAAUGGGAGUCACCCAUUUGGUAACAUCGUGCAGCUGAAAAAAUUCCCAAUCACAAAUCUGUUGAGCGAAAAUCAAAGAGGGCCGAGUAAAAGCCCCAACUAACCUAUAUACAUAUAUAUAUAUAUAUAUUAAUAUAUAUCUAUAUAUAUAUAUAUGCACCUUUAUAUAGUCGGGUAUAUAAAAGAAAAGAAAAUCAUCUACGGUGACAAAAACAAAACGCUGUGUGCGAAAAAUCGGUCCAAAAUGUGCGAGCGUGAGCGUAAAGUGCGUGGGUGUGUGUGAAAGGUGUAAAAAAUGUACAUUCUGUGAAUUGGCCACAUAAAAAACGAGUAACGAGUAUAACGACAGACGUUAUAUUUAGAGCCGAUUCGUAGUUCUUGUUUUUGUUGCCAUUUCGUUUGCCACAAGAGUAAGGCAAAAACGUAGGCCCCAAAAUGCCCAGAGAUCUCGACUCCGGCUCCAAUUCCAUAACCGAUUCCAACACCGAUUCCGUCUUCGUCACCGCUUCCGCAUCCGACUCCGACUCCGGCGAUUCCGUCGAUUCCGGCGUUGGCAAUAGCAAUAUUCCCGGGCAGCAGCAGCAGCAUCAGCACUUUUACCAGCAUACUACGCGCCCACCCACGCUGUGAAUCCCCCAGAUAUCAGACUCAGAUCUCCAGCACCUGCAAGCGCCACUGCAAUUAGACGCAUAUAAUCCACAAAUCAAUAAUAAUCACCAAAUCAGCAAAUUGCUGAUAGCGUAAACAAGUGGCAAUAACAUAGAAUAAAUUAAAUCGGUGAAGAGGUUCGAAAGGCCAAAAGUGAAAGCCAAUUCGGAGUGAAACCAGUGCUAAAGUCAACAACUUGUGGGAGUCGAGAGCUCGUCCUCGAGUCCUUGAGUCCUUGAAUCCUGCCAGUGUGUGUUGAGUGUGCAUCGAGUGUGCCAAGUGUGCGUGUGAGUGCGUCGUCCGGAUACCGGAGAAGCCACAACGUCGUCCACAAAACCAUCGACGUCGACUGCCGCCGCCGCCGCCGCCGCUGCUGCUGCUGCUGCCGCUGCAGGAUCGGGAUCAGGACCGGGAGCGGGCUCAGGAACAGCUCCAGGCCACCAGAGGAGCGGCGGACGGAGCGGCCAGCGACGUCGCAGUAGCAGCAGUAAUCCACACGCCGGCACAACGAAAGCGACCAGCGGCAGCGGUGGAGCUGGCAGCGCCGGCGGAGGAGGAGGAGGCGGUGGCGGCGGAGGUGGUGGCGGAGGCGGGGUCAAGCAGAGCGUCAGCCGGAACAGCAACAUCCGGAGCAGCAGCUCCAACAGCACCAUGGCCUCGGCCAAUCACCGGGGUGGCGGCGGACGCGGCGGUGGCGGCGCCGUCGCCGGCGCUGGAGCGGAUGGCAAUGCGAUCGUCGGCCUGCAGAUCGGUUCCGCCUGGUUUCAGCGCAAGAUCAACCUGAGGCCGCAGCACCGCGGCGUCCACCUGGUCACCGAGGAGAUCCUCCGACAGAUGCCGGAGCUGGCGCACUUCUCGGUGGGAUUAUGCCACAUGCAAAUUCUUCACACAUCGGCGAGUUUAGCGUUAAACGAAAGCUGGGAUCCAGACGUCAGAGACGACAUGGAGAUGAUGUUGAAUAAAAUAGUUCCCGAAGGUUUGCCCUAUAGGCAUUCGUGCGAGGGACCCGAUGAUAUGCCCGCGCACGUGAAGGCCUGCUUCCUGGGCAGCUCCCUGACAAUCCCGAUCACCGAUGGCAAGCUGUCGCUGGGCACGUGGCAGGGCGUUUGGCUGUGCGAGCACCGCGACCAGGCCGGAUCCCGGAAGCUGGUGAUCACGCUGACCGGAUGUCCGCGCGAACAGGCCCGCAGCCCGCUGUCCCCCGUCUCGCCGAUCGCCAGCACGUCCAGUUAGGGGCGGCCUCGCUCCACCCGCGACAGCCGGUAAUCGCGGGGGAGCGACAAUAAUGCCAUCAUUUCGUCGAGGCGGCUGAUACUGCAGAAGAACUUGGCUAAGGCGAACCUGGCCCAGCAGCGGGCGGCGGCGGUGAUUGCCGCCGGUCGGGGCGGAUUGGGUGGUGGUCAACAGGAUGCGUUGGCACCGCCCAAUAUACCCGGCAUGGAGACGAAGACCGGCCGCCUGCUGCUGCGCCAGCAGCUGCACCUCAAUCUCAAUCUGAAUGUGCAGGAAACGUUGCGCGAUGGCGUCGACAUCGAUGAUGUGGACGAGGAUGUCGACGAGGACGAGGACCUAGACCUAGACCUAGACCUAGAAACCGUCACAACAGUGCCUCUUAACAAUGAACAACUUAAUGCUAAGGUCACCACCACAACAUCCAGUUCAUCAGCAGCGAGCAGUGCAUUAGCUAAAUUCAAUCGCAUCAUUGACUCCACCUUGGAGCGGCCACCAGUGGCCCUAGAGUACUCCGGAUUGCCCAAGUUGAGCAGUGCCACAUUGCAGCAGCGCUUCAAUCUGGCCUAUCCGGAGUUGGUGAGCCAACAACAGCAGCAGCAGCAACAGCAGCAGCAGCAACAACAUCUGCAACAGCAGCAACAUCAUCAGCAGUUGCAGCUGCAACAUGAUGCGACCAAGCAGAUCAGCAGCCUCCAGGGGAACCCCAGAUUGGAUCGUGGAACGGGCGCCGUUGCCAGCACCCCAUUAACACUUCAAGCACCCAAAACUCCAGCAACGGCGACGGAGGAGCAAAUGGAUCCGGGGCAAUCCCACGACGACGAUCAAGACGACGAUGAUCAUCCCCACCACGACGAGGAUAAUCAAACGAAACGAAAUGAUGUGCAUUAUUUGUUGAAACAGUUGAAUAGUUUUAGUGAUAUAGAAGAAAUAGAAAUUGUUGAUAUGAAGCAAAGAGGUCAGCGGCCGCCGAUGGCGUCCAGUUCGUUGGCGACCAUGAUGCCGCCACCCUCGCCGGCACCGCCGGCCUCCCCAUCCACGCAGUCGCACCGGCUGGGGCCGCGGUUCGCCUCCUCGGGCGACAGUUCGCUGGUCCUGCCGCAGCACCAGUUCGACGACUACCUGUUCGAGUCCUGCCACUACCUGGAGACAAACUACUUUGCCGCCACAUACCGCACUGCCAUGGUCGAGAGCAGCUCCCACGAGUUCCGGCCCUCGACCAACAGCAGCUCGAACAGCUUCGAGCUGCACGAGAUGGAGCCGCCCAGUGUCAUCUGCAAGGCGGGUGCACCACCUCCUCCUCUGACCGCCAGUCGUUCUGGUCAUCCAGGUCACCCUGGUCAUCCGGGUCAUCCGCCGCCGCGAUAUCAAUUCGAAUACCAGGCGGAGACCCGGCUGACCACCAGUGGGGUGCAGACGGAGCUCACCGUCGAGUCGCUGGCCAAGAUGAGCAACUGCAGCGGGAGCAGCUCCUCCUCGACGAGGGCUCCUCCCUUCUUCCGUUGCUGCUACACGCCCAUCGAUCGCUGGCGGGAGAGGAGGCAGCAGCAGAAGAGCUCCUCGGCCUCCUCGUCCGCCGCCCAGCCGCCCAAGGACGUCUGACACUGGGCGUGGCAGUCCACUCGGAGAUCCAACAUGUGCCUGGCUAACUUACAUCGGGGAUGCAAGCCGGGGGAAAAUUGGGAUGGGUUCGGAAUUUGCAGACAUGGUUCGGUUUAAUGGGUUAAAGUAGCAUUUUUCGGUCUAAAAAUUAGGGAGAUCUUAGAAAUUUCUGAAGGUUCUUAAAUUUUUCCAUUACACAAAUUUUGAAUAGUGAAAAAAAGACAUACUUAUAUAAUUCUUGAGGAACUAACUUUUCAUCUGAAUUCUGUUAUUUAAAAACAAAAAUUUGUUUAUCGUAACUCUUCCCUCUAAGGAUACCUUAAAAAUUUUAUUUUUCAAAAUCAAGACCGAACCACUUGCCUUAUAAAAAUGAUAAAAUAAAAUCAUAUACGGUUUGCAUCCCUGUUAUUUUGGUCGCUGUUCUCAUUUGCGAUAUCAACAAGAGAUUCCAUUUCGAUCGACAGUCGAUACACGAAUCACGAAUCCCUUAUCAUUCGAUGGAAGUUCAUUAUUGUACAAUUUAUAAAUGCUAAAACGUAAACAAGAAAUGUUAGUAAACAAUUUUUUAUACACACACCAGCCACACAGACAUUCGCACAUUUUUGCAAUACACCAAAGUAAAUGAUUUGGAAAUUUGUAUAAAUACUUAAGAUUGUUAAAUGUUUGACAGAAAACUUGGAUGGCAAACGAAUACGGAUUCCCAUUGAAUUUAAAACAUUUUCGGCUUUCUUUUUGAGAACUAGCCAGGUUUUCUGCUAAGCAUUUGUCUAAGCUGAACUCAACUUAGGCCUAAAGUUGUAUUCGAAAAUGUUUCAACAGAAGAAAAUAUUGUUAAAAAUUAAAUGAAAACGUAGGGGACGCGAGAGCUUGUAUAGUAAGUUGAUGAAUAAAGUAAUUGAGAAUGAUGUUGAUAGUGGUCAGAUCAAAUGCAUAGAUGAAAGGCGCGCACGCCGGCACUUUUGAUUUCGUAGUCUAGAUUCCUGUUCCUCUCGCUUUACCAAGUCCGAUUGGUCUGUCUAUAUAUAUGGCAUUCAAAUUGACACAUUAUAUGCGUGCGCGUGGGUUAUACGAUCCCCAAAACGGAUCGAAAACGAUAUAAAACAAAAGCAAUUGUUACAUCAAUUAGACACUAUAUUCUGUUGACUUAUCAUUUAAGCCCACUUUUUUCGUUUCGAAGGAUAAGCUUUUAAGGAAUUGUUGUUAGAGCACAAGAGAUACUGGCUAUACAAGCAAACCAAAUACGAAACGAUUCAACUCUUAACCAACCAAGAGCAAUAUUAGUUUUUAAAUCAGUUCGGAUUUGUCAAUUUUGUUGAGAACAUAUGCAAGUAAAAUACAUCAAAAUAUAUCACUAACUUGAAUAAGCCUCGAGAUCACGCUUUGGUUUAUCGGAAAAUAAAUAUAUAUACGCAAUUGGAA